UCUGGUAAAGGAAUAACUUAUCGAGUGCUGUUUUAGAUAACAUUGGUCGGUUAAGUGUUAUAAUUAGGUGGCGUCUACAAAAGAUGAAAGCAACGUACAAGGAAAAAGUGGUUAAACCUCCAAACACUGCUCAACUUACCAAAAUAGCUACCGAGCUUGGUUACGACUUAGGACAAGAUGAAAUUCUAGAAUACAAAGACGUUAUUGAUGACUCGCUUCAAGCAACAUAUCAAAGGUUUAAUGAAAUACCCGAUCCCAAGCUACCUGUAAAAUACCCCCGCACGCCUGGUUAUCGACCGACCGGGCCCAAGGACAACCCUUAUAACGCAUGGUACUGGCGCUGUGACAUUCCUGGCGCUCCAAAUGGAAAACUUCAGGGUAAAUCGAUCGCCAUCAAGGACUGUAUCUGUGUCGCGGGUGUUCCAAUGAUGAUGGGCUCCCAGAUAUUAGAAGGUUAUACCCCGGAUGUCGACGCCACCGUCGUGACAAGGAUACUAGACGCUGGUGGUCGUAUCAUGGGGAAGGCUGUUUGCGAGAAUUUAUGCAACAGUGGAGGUAGCUUUAAUGCGGCCACCGGUCCUGUAGUUCACCCGCUUGAUGAAACAAGAAUGACAGGUGGAUCCUCUUCAGGGUGUGCCGCUCUGGUGGCAGGAGGUCACGUGGACAUGGCGGUAGGUGCUGAUCAAGGUGGCUCCAUUCGUAAUCCAGCAGGACGUUGUGGCAUUGUGGGGUUGAAGCCUACUCUAGGUCUUGUUCCAUAUACGGGUAUUGUACCCAUGGAAUUCAGCCUCGAUCACGUAGGCUUGAUGGCCAAAACUGUGCACGAUGUAGCGUUAUUACUCGAGAUUACAGCUGGCUCAGACGAUGGUCUUGAUUAUCGCCAGCCUCAUGAACUGCAGGUGGAAAAUUACGUAAAUCAGCUUACGAGUGAAAUCUCUCAUCUUCGACUCGGACUUCUUACGGAAGGCUUUUCUCAUCCCCAAUCUGAGCCCGAUGUUGACCAAUGCAUCAAAAGGGCCGCUAAACACCUGGCUACAGAAUCGGGUGCGACCCUACAAGAUGUCUCUGUUCCAAUGCAUUUGGAUGCAACUGUUAUCUAUGACGCUUUUACUGAAGGAGGACUCUGGCCUGACAGAUUUUUUGAGACAAACGGCUAUCAGGUUACCAGUCUCCAGAAAUGGUUUGCACAAGGACUAAAGACUCGAGCAAAUGAUAUCAGCGCCGACUUCAAGGUCGCCUCUAUCAAAGGAAGAUACUUGCAAAAAAAUUAUAACGAUGAGUUUUUCUUUAAGGCACGCAAUCUAGCGUGGAAACUAAGAACAGUGUUUGACGAGGCACUGACCAAAGUCGACGUGUUGAUAAUGCCUACCAAUCCGAAGAAAGCCAGACCAUUACCUCUUCCAAAUAUUCCUCUAAGAGAGUAUCUGCAAUGUUGCAGUGAGAACUACGUAAAUACAUGCACCUUCAAUAUGACGGGUCACCCAGCCCUGUCAAUCAACGCCGGCUUCAGUGAUGGCUUACCGGUCGGUAUGAUGAUUGUGGGAAGAAAAUUUGAUGAGGCCACUGUUCUGAAUGUCGCCUACGCUUAUGAGAGGAUCAGAAAAAUGUAGACUAAACGUACUUUUGUUUUCUGAUCUUAAUUUUGCUAAAGUUUUGAUAGAUAGGCUCAACAUGUUGAUGUUCCUUUCUGUACAAGGGAUAAGGAAAAUUUGAUACAGUUAUGCAAACC